AUGGCGACGUCGCGAUAUCAAACUGCCGAGAUGCGGCGCCAGGUCGGCUCCCCAAGGCCCAAAACACGAGAAAACAAGGAGACGCUCUGCAGAAAUGUUCUUAUCUACGGUCAUUGUCGCUAUGAGGACCAAGGGUGUUCCUUUUCGCACGACCAGACCAAGGGGAAUUCGCCCCAGCAAGACAACUCGAAAAAGGCGCUGAAUGUCGAGUCGCCAUCUUUUACACCUUCACUUCUACAACCUAUCAACAAGAAGCCUACAUUUUCCUCACAAGCUGUCACCGCCCCAUCUUUCACUCCGCGUGGCCUAGGAGCUGCCACGCCAUCUACUUUACCAGACACCGAGGCACCCAUGUUUAAUCCUGCUUCUAUACGGGAAUUCACGCCCAGCUUCGAUCUCAGCUCUUCCUCUGUACGACCUCCUCUCCCAGAUGCCCCAACUCCUCCUCUCCCAUAUCCUUCCACCUUUGUCCCCGCAGGAGCUCAUCCCAUUCCAAUUUCGAUUCCACUAACGGCGGUGGCCAAGGCUGUAUCAACAAAUGGGACUUCACAAGAUGGAACCGUCACAUACGAUCCGUUUGGGAUGUCAAACCAAAACAUGGCCACGACGCCAUUCAACCCCUAUGCUGAAGACCAUAAUGCCAUGGCUGGCGCUCAGUCUACAUAUUUUCAAACGCAAAACGCUUUUGCUGCCCCAUUACAACCAUUGCAGCAUCAUCUUUACGCUCCCAUUGGGCCAUACCGAGAAGAUCUGAUGCCAUACCACCGCCUCAGUCACGAGUUCUUCUUACCGGAGAAGCUGAGAGAGGAAAUGCAAAAGAAGUCGGAAGCGGCCCUUCAAGUAAUGCCUAAUUCCCAGCUGCCACAGUUGGAGAACUACCACUCCUUGGUCGCCCUGGAUACGACCCAUCGCAAAAAUGCAAACAUAUUUGGAUACCCCAGCUGGGUGUACAAAGCCACUUCGUCCAAGAAUGGCAAUCUUUAUUGUCUGAGGAGAUUGGAAGGCUUUCGACUGACAAAUGAGCAUGCCAUUCGAUCCGUAAAGGAGUGGAAGCGGGUUGAUAAUGCCAACGUUGUCAGCAUCCACGAUGCCUUCACUACGAGGGCUUUCGGAGACAGUUCCCUCAUUUUUGUGCAGGACUACCACCCGCUAUCCAAGACGCUGGCUGAGGCACACCUCACGCCAACUGUGGCGGCAAGCGGCCGAUUCCAGCCAAAGCCGCCCAUUACCGAACAGGUUCUCUGGGGGUACAUUUCCCAGAUUGCCACGGCCCUCAAGUCGAUACAUGACAACAACCUCGCAGCGCGCUGUGUGGAUGUUAGCAAGAUUAUUUUGACGGAUAAGAACCGAAUUCGCCUCAACGCGUGUUCCGUACUGGAUGUAGUUCACUUUGACGUUAGACGGCCAGUCCAAGAACUGCAACAAGAAGAUUUGUUGCAUUUCGGCCGUACCCUACUUUGCCUUGCCACUGGCAACCUCCCCUUGCAGCUCACCAACUUGAAUGCGGCCAUGGAGCAGAUGAGCAGGACCUAUUCUGCAGAAAUGAGGGAUACCAUUACGUGGCUGCUGACGCCAACUCCAGCCCCGGCACAUAAGUCGAUUGACGAGUUCAUUCAAGGGAUAGCGACCCAUAUUGUAGCGGCCUUUGACCAGAGCCAGCAUAGGGCAGAUGCUCUCAACUCUGAGCUAUUCCGUGAACUGGAAAACGGAAGGAUUGCCAGGCUCAUGAUGAAGCUUGGCACCGUCAAUGAGCGGCAAGAGUUUGAAGGCGACCGAGCCUGGUCGGAAAACGGAGAGCGAUACAUGCUGAAGCUCUUCAGAGACUACGUCUUCCACCAGGUGGAUAGCAAUGGGAACCCUGUCAUGGACAUUGGACACAUGAUACGCUGCCUCAACAAGCUCGAUGCCGGCGUUGACGAGAGAAUCUGCCUGACCAGCAGAGAUGAGCAGACCAGCUUUGUUGUCAGCUAUAAAGAGCUGAAGAAGCAACUGGUAAAUGCAUUUAACGAAUUGAUAAAGGCGGCCAAGCCGGGCAGAACCUUUUAG